AUGGCGGCCUCCAGUGACCGCGGACGCGCCGGGGGUGGCGGCCUUUUCUCCUUCCUGCCUGGCGGCGGUCGCUCCGAAAUGCUGGACGACCUGGCGACGGACGCGCGGGGCCGAGGCGCGAGGCGCAAGGAUGCCACUGUCUCCGCUCCAGCGCCCGCCCCCGAGCCUCAGGUCGCUGAUGACGCCGCCCGCAGACGACAGUGCCGGGCCUGCGUGGAUUUCAAGACGUGGAUGCGGACUCAGCAAAAGCGCGAGAGUAAGUUUAGGGAGGAUUGUCCUGAAGAUCGGGAGGAACUGGGCCGCCACAGCUGGGCUGUCCUCCAUACGCUGGCCGCAUACUACCCCGACGUGCCUACCACGGAACAGCAGCGGGACAUGGCCCAGUUCAUACACUUAUUUUCCAAGUUUUACCCGUGCGAUGAAUGUGCAGAAGACCUAAAGAAGAGGAUAUGCCAGAACCAACCUGACACGCGCACCCGGGUCCACUUCAGCCAGUGGCUAUGCCACCUGCACAAUGAGGUGAACCGGAAGCUGGGCAAGCCUGAAUUCGACUGCUCACAGGUGGAUGAGCGCUGGCGGGACGGCUGGAAGGACGGGUCCUGUGACUAA